CGAAAAUGGGACUUACUGACGACUUUGACGAAAAUGACCGUCCUCAACUGGAUCCCUCCACCCUUGCUCUCCUUCAAGAGUUCUACACCGAGAGAGACGAAAGACAAAAACAAUUCGAAGACCUGAAAGCAAAAGCCGAAGAUGAAUUCGACAGUUCAAAACCUCUUUCUAUGGAUCUGUUCACCGAGAGCUGGCAGGACAGUCAGUUCUGGUACAAGGACGAGACGGCAACGAUUCUGGCUGAGCAGUUGUUGGAUGGCGUGACGGAAGACAGCAAGAUUGCUGUUGUUUCUGCACCGAGUGUUUACAUUCAGUUGAGGAAUUUGCNNUUGUAUCCAGAUGCUGAUUCCAAGAUGCAGAAUGACCGUGAAAAGUACCCGAUACGACCAAAGCUCAUGCUUCUGGAGUUCGACGAGAGAUUUGCAGUGUUUAAGGAUGACUUUACUUUCUACGACUAUAAACAGCCUACCAAGUUGGAUCCCAGCCUCAAGGGCUCUUUCGACAGAAUCAUCUGCGAUCCUCCCUUCUUGAACGAGGACUGUCAAUCAAAGGGUAAAUUACUCAUGUCUUCUAUAUCUCACANNGCUGCACUCACUGUCCGCUGGCUGGCCAAGACAUGGGAGGCACCCCUCAAACUCAUCCAAUGCACUGGAGAGCGCAUGGAGUCACUUGCUCACAAGCUGUACGGCAAGGCUGGCAUGCGUACUACUACCUUCCUUCCAGAGCACUCGAAAGGUUUGAGCAACGAAUUCAGAUGCUACGCCAACUUUGAGUGCGAUGCUUGGAAGUUUCAGUCA